UUAAACCGUUAGAUGGCUCAGAGAAAUACCAACCAGUCUCCUGUAUUGAAUAUAUAAACGCCAAAUUGAAGUCUGCUGCAGGCAUUACAUAUUAACCAUAUGGUUUUAUUUAGCACGCAGUACGAGUAGAAAUAUAUACAUGUAUAUCAUCAUUAUGAUUCAAAGUAAAUAAAGCUGUAGUUUACAAAAUUAUUGUUUGAAAUAACUUUGAAGAUGUAUAUGUACUUCCAAAGUAACUGUAUGAAAGAAAUAAAUUAGUGUAUUCCUUUCAGAGCGAAUGGUGCAUGCAGGCAAACCCUACAUGAUAUUUUUGUUCCGAAACAUUUUAUUGUGUUUACGUACAAUACUACAUAUACAUAUAUGUGUUAAAUAAUAGGGAAAUUCAUUAUUAAAACAUUUUCGAGAAUUGAUCUUGAGAUUAUAGAAGUAACAUGUACCAUUUCAACCCUCCUUGACAUUCGGUUUUGGUCACCCUUAUACCAAUCGGUGAAAUAUAUAAAGGUACGGUACCGCUGAAUAUUUUUUGUGCCAUUUCUUGGAUCAACCAAACUUUACUCGAGCUGAAAUCUUGAAAUUAUUACCAUCUGUUCUCGAAUGGGAUUAAGACUCUUAUUUUUUACUCAUUUUUAUUUUCAGUUUCAAAAUCGUUCCAAUGCCGUUGUAAUAUAGUAUAGAAAUCAAUCGUUGGCUAUAUACAUCCGUAACUUAUUAUUACGUGAUUAGAUGCAAUAAAAUAGCUUCUGCUUUGGAAGGGAACUGUACAUGUAUUCUUAUUCCAGGCAGUGAUGUUAAUUAGAUCGUCUUAACUAUCUCCCGAUUUUUAAUGGCCGUUGAAGGUGAUUAUUCCAUCAUGCAAUAAGAUAACAUAUAAACUUAGAACUUAAGUUUGUUAUACUGCUAAAUAAUUCAUAGGAUCCCGGAAAUAAUGUGAAAUAAAGAAAAUUUGCAGACGAGAAUUAAGCGCGCGAUUGUGUGUAUGACAACCAUGCCUAAAGGAUACGCCGCUAUUAAAGCCAAGUCUGAUGAGGCCGAAAAAGACAAAUUCUUUAUGAAGAAUGUGACGUAUUACUGCAAGGGGCGUGGUUGUCGCCACAAAGGCGUACCUGAACUGAAGCCAACGGCGGUUUGCUUUUAUAUUAAGGGUUCAAACUGUUCGCACAAGGAAGUAUGUGACCGAAUAGAAGACGUUUUGCCUCUGUAUCCCGGCGCAAAGAUAGAAGAGGUGCAGUUUGUUCCACUUGGCGUGCACCUAGAUUCAAUAGUUACCGAAAAUCGCUGGAUAAUUACAUUAAACUCGGUUGGUGCCAGAAACAGGAUUGCUGGAACCUCUUUGCACAUAAAAGGUCAAAAGAUUACGUUGCGGCGGUAUGAUGACAUCAUUCAGCUAGAGUUCCGGAAAUGCUCACGUUCUGGUGCUGUCAAAGAUAUGGUAUCGAAAAUAAAGCAACUCAAUACAGGAACCGAAUGAUGUAAAACAAACAAACAAAAAUCCCGACCAACAUUAUUUUAUCAGAAACAUGACAAUACUGUAUAUGUACAGUCUACAAUUUAAUUGAUUGGGCGGGAAAUUGGAAUUUUGUGAAAGGAAAAUCACUUUUAAAUUUUAAUUUGAACCCGACAUUGGACAAUUUACCUCUAUGAUAUGGUUAAGAAUACAAUUACCUUCAGCUAAACAUUUCGGUAAAAUCCGAAAGAAAAUCACCAUAAGGAACAGUCGAAAUCUACUUUAUUUAUAAUGAAUUUUUAGUAUAUAUAUGAUUUUGUUAAGGUCGAUUAAGUAGAGGAAACAAUACUGGAAUGUGUUCCUGAAUCUAACAAAUGUAAAGUUUCUUGAUUAAGGACACAUCGGCUUACCAUUGACGCCGGAUAUUCGAAUCAGACAUCCGGAUACAUCCGGAUGUUCGGAUCGUUGUAUAUUCUUAGUUGGCUGAUAUGACGUAACCAUUUUUUCGCGACCUUUUGCAAAGUGUAGUAUUUCGUUUUACUUCCUUUUUAAUUGAAUGUUACGUAUCAAAAAUGUUUCGGUAUUGAUUUUAUUUUUUUUUCUAUCCCACGCGACCAGCAAUCUGUAGAUUAGUAGAACAUGCACGUGUUAAUUGUCGUUGUUCAACAUUCUUAAAUAAUUUUUAAAUGCUUUAAAUAUUCGAUUAAAUGGAGAGAGUAAAAACACACUUCAAGACCGACCAGAAUGGCAAAAUUGAAAUUGACUCAGUUUGAUUGAGCCUAUCCAUUGGCAGCAUUGGUAAACCUAUUUUAUUGAAAACACUAGUUUGGACGGUAUUGGUUAAAAUAUUUUACUUUUUUUCUGGUGAUCACAUCAGUAUAUGUAUUGCUUUCUUUAUUGAUACUGGCUUAUUUACCAACUCUCUCAGAGAAGCUAUAACAGUCUCCCCAUAUUCAAAAGUGAUGAUAAAGAAAAGCCAGGCAGCUGCAGGCCUACAUCUAUUUUGUCUUCAAUUUACAAAAUAUUUGAGAGACACAAAGUAAAUCAAGUAUAAUCCAUCUUUAAGUAAACAAUCAUCAUUAUUAAUCAUAUCUCAUAUAACUAAUUCUGUUACAUCACAUGACUAUUUAGAAUACAUGUAUUUUAUUUAUUUUUGAUUAGAAUUACUAAUAAUGGCGUUUCAUAUUAUUAAAUUCGUGUAUUGAUAUCAUUAGACAGCAAAGUACAUGCAGGUAAAUUGCAAGUUAUUGACACAUAUCCGUUUUUUUUAUUUGUUAUGUUUAU